AAAAUAUUAUUUAAAAUAUCGUUUUUCUAUUCGUGACGUGUCUACUAUUUAACACACAAUAUAGCACCGAUAAUUGAUUAUUAUUAAUGAUAUUCUGUAUUUUACUGGUUACUUACCAUUUGAAAAUUAAUAUUUUUAUAACCAAUCAUGUAGGAUUAUUUCUUUCCUUUUAUUAAUUUGUUUUGUUUCACUAUUAAUGUAAAAUAAAUCUAGAAUUUAUGACUCAACUGCUUAAUACUGUGACCAUCGCUGAGAAACGGAUGGAAGAUGGUUUAUAUUCUUUCAGGGCUAUUGCGUUUUUGGUCUUAUGGUAUUUUUUUAGCGGAUGUACAUUGUUUUUAAACAAAUAUAUCCUGUCUUAUCUGAAAGUAGAUCCCACGGUGCUAGGCACUUCUCAAAUGAUCAUGACAACUAUAUGUGGUUUUAUUCAAUUGUAUAUACCAUGUGGAAUGUAUCAACAACCUAUACAUCGAUCUAAACGGCCACCAAACUUCUACAUCCACAUGAGUUUAGUGGGUUGUACUCGGUUUAUUACCGUACUUUUAGGACUUAUAUCGUUAAAUUAUGUAGCAGUUAGUUUUACUGAAACAAUAAAAAGUUCAGCUCCUAUAUUCACAGUAUUUAUUUCAAAAUUGUUGUUAGGAGAACAAACAGGUUUAUUGGUAAGCUUAUCUUUAGUUCCUAUAAUGGUUGGCCUAACAUUAUGUUCUUCAAAUGAGAUAUCAUUUAAUAUACUUGGAUUUAUAGCUGCUCUUGCAACCAAUUUUACUGAAUGUUUACAGAAUGUCUAUUCCAAAAUGCUGAUUAGUGGUGAUAAAUUCAAAUAUACGCCUGCUGAACUUCAAUAUUAUACUAGUUUAGCUUCAAUUAUUAUUCAAAUCCCUGCAUCAUUAGUAUUAGUGGACAUCAAAUUUGCAAUUAAUAAUACUAGUCUAUACAUUUUAUUUUUAUUUAUUCUAAAUGGAAUAUUUUUCCAUUUUCAAAGUAUAACGGCUUAUGUUCUUAUGGAUUAUAUAAGUCCAGUUACUUAUAGUGUGGCCAAUACUGUUAAACGUGCGUUCCUUAUAUGGAUGUCAGUUAUAUUAUUUGGAAACUCUAUUACUCUCUUAAGUGGGCUUGGGACUAUCAUAGUUAUUGCAGGAGUUGUAAUAUAUAAUAAAGUUAAACAAUAUGAUAUGAAUCGUCAAUUAACCAUCGAAUUUGAUAAGACUCGGUUAACCUCUCCUUUCAAAAUACGGACAAUUUAAAAUAUUUAUAAUUUAUAAAACUAUUAUAAAUUAUA